AUGAGUAAACAAGGCAACGCACUUGUAGAAUAUCUUGGGCGCAAUCUAUCUGCAACUGUUGCAGGGAAACACACGUAUAACCUAUACGUUCUUUCGACAACUCAGGUCGAAACAGAUUCACCCACUCCACAUUUGAACUCAACAGCGAAACGACGACGUUUUGUUGUAUUUCUUGCAGAAGACGCGAUUUUUAUAACUGCUUUAGAAGUACACGAAUACAUUGAAGAUCACGAAGAGAAUGACACUGUUUCUUUAUACAUAUCCAAAGUAGAUACGACAGGCUUCAGUUCGGAAAGCGGUAGUCCUACGAAACCUCUGAUAGCAUCAUUCUUGAAAUACUAUAUAGAAAUUCGCUCUCCAAAACUAUUAAAAAUAAAUGUGUUCGCUCGAGCUCAACCACAGUACCUUUUUACCAAAUCGUUUGGAAACCCUCGGAAGCGCGUUCUGCGCGAUAGUGUACUUGUGAAAUGGUGGAAGAAUGUGAUUGCAGAGACAUUAUCUACAAUUAGCGAUCGACUGAGAGGCAAGACAACUGCCUGGUUCUAUAUCCCUGGCGAAAAUUCAGAACGUUCAGCGCGCAUUCUUAUCAAGGACGAAAACGCUGAACAACAAGAGAAGCCGUUAUGGGCUUAUGGCUACCCAUAUGAUGAUGAUCAAGCCGCAGAGAAUGUUAUACCUCGGUUUAUAGAUGAUGCGAAAGGACGGAUUUUGAGAGAUGUUGCAGGAAGAGACAAUAAGAGAAAGAAAAUAGCAGGUGAGAUGUCUGUGGAGGAAUUUUGGCAAGUGAUGGCAAUAUCAGGUGAAUGUGGUGCUGGUAAAACUACUGGAUUCUUUUGGGUAGAGAUAACCAAUGGGCGUUCAGAGCGGGAUAGCGAAUGGAUAACUGAUGGAAUGCUAGUAAUUGAUGAUACAGAAUUUUCUAGAGUAGUUGAUGAGCUGUUGGAUCUUGAUUUCUGGCCACGUGAGAAAGCAAUUGAAUCGACGCAAAAGUUUAUAGAAAUACUUGGUAGUAAAUGUGAGAUUCAAGAAGUCAAAAUCGAAGUCGAUAAUCAGUUGAAUCAAUUUAAAAAGAUUGAUAAUAGAGUGGUUAAUAAUUUACAGACAUCAGUCAAGAGAAAGAAUCCGCCGUCGGAGAAAGACGGAGAAGCAAGUGUCAAUGUGCUGUCGCCAUCACUAGUCAAGAGAAAGACAAAAUGA